AUGUCUUACCGGCCCAAUUACCGAGGUGGACGAAGGGGUGGAGCCGCAUCUUCCGGGCGUGGCGCUGGCGGCGGCCGUGGUGGGCGCGGAGGGGGAGGGCAGAGAUGGUGGGACCCUGCAUGGCGAGCCGAGCGCCUGAGACAAAUACAGGGCGAGAAGGAAGUAUUUGAUGAGAACGAAUGGUGGGAUAAGAUUGAAAAGAUGAAAAGAGGAGGAGAGCAAGAGAUGAUCAUUAAGCGUAAUUAUGGUCGUGAAGGCCAGCAAACCCUCGCUGAUAUGGCUUAUGAACUUGGGCUGCACUUCCAUGCAUAUAACAAAGGGAAAACUCUUGUCGUUAGCAAAGUUCCAUUGCCUGAUUACCGUGCUGAUCUUGAUGAACGUCAUGGAUCCACACAGAAGGAGAUUAAAAUGUCCUCAGACAUUGAGAGGAGGGUAGGAUCUCUUUUGAAUAAUACACAACCCAAGGAGGCAGGAUCAGUUAAUGUGCCUUCCACAACAGCCAAUGAGAAGCCUAAGCAAACAAUAAGUACUAUGAAACCUGUUCCUGCUGACCAGACUGAUUCUUCCAAUGAGAAACUUUGCGUUGAACUCAAAGAAAGACAGGGGAAAAUGCAGGCAAGUGAUAGUUUGAAGACAAUGAAGUCAUUUCGGGAAAAUCUUCCUGCAUUUAAAAUGAAGUCCGAGUUUCUGAAAACAGUUAAAGAAAAUCAGGUAUUGGUAGUUUCAGGAGAGACAGGUUGUGGCAAAACAACUCAACUGCCACAGUUCAUUCUAGAAGAGGAGAUAUCCUGUUUACGUGGAGCUAGUUGCAACAUAAUUUGUACUCAGCCUCGUCGUAUAUCUGCAAUUUCUGUUGCAGCUCGAGUAUCAGCUGAAAGGGGUGAGAGUCUUGGUGAAACAGUUGGUUACCAAAUUCGCCUUGAAGCAAAGCGUUCUGCUCAAACACACCUCUUAUUUUGCACUACUGGUGUAUUGCUUCGCCGGCUGGUUCAAGAUCCCAAGUUAACUGGGAUUAGUCAUUUGAUGGUAGAUGAAAUCCAUGAAAGAGGAAUGAAUGAAGACUUUUUAAUCAUAAUUUUGCGUGACCUUCUGCCUCGCCGUCCAGAUCUGCGUCUCAUUCUAAUGAGUGCCACCAUUAAUGCUGACUUAUUCUCUAAGUACUUUGCCAAUGCCCCAACAAUACACAUACUGGGAUUUACAUUCCCGGUGGCAGAGCUCUUCCUAGAAGAUGUACUGGAGAAAACCCGAUACAGCAUCAAGUCAGAGUUUGACAGUUUUGAGGGGAAUUCAAGGAGGAGGAGAAAACAAGAAGCUCCUAAAAAGGAUCCUCUGACUGAAUUGUUUGAGGAUAUUGAUAUAGAUAAUCACUAUAAAAAUUACAGUUUAUAUGCUAGAAAGUCUCUUGAAGCUUGGUCUGGUUUGAAGGUUGAUUUGGGCUUGGUAGAGGCAACAAUUGAAUAUAUAUGUCGAAAUGAAGGUGAUGGAGCAAUUCUUGUAUUUCUUACUGGUUGGGAUGAUAUUUCCAAACUACUUGACAAACUUAAAGGAAAUAACUUUCUUGGAGAGCCUAGCAAGUUUUCAAUUCUUCCUUUACAUGGUUCAAUGCCUACCAUGAACCAACGUGAAAUAUUUGACCGCCCUCCUCCUAACAAGAGAAAAAUUGUAAUAGCUACAAACAUUGCUGAGAGUAGCAUCACCAUAGAUGAUGUUGUAUAUGUCAUUGACUGUGGAAAAGCAAAGGAGACUAGCUAUGAUGCUUUAAACAAGCUUGCCUGUCUGUUGCCAUCAUGGAUUUCAAAGGCUUCAGCUCAUCAGAGACGAGGGCGUGCUGGUCGUGUACAGCCUGGAGUUUGUUUUAGGUUAUAUCCAAAAGUGAUCCAUGAUGCAAUGCCUCAGUAUCAGUUGCCUGAAAUUCUCCGAACGCCGUUGCAAGAGUUGUGCCUGCACAUCAAAAGUUUGCAGCUUGGUACUGUGGGAUCAUUUCUCGCAAAAGCACUUCAACCACCAGAUCCUCUUGCUGUUGAGAAUGCUAUUGAACUUCUGAAAACAAUUGGGGCAUUAGAUGAUGAGGAGCAGCUCACUCCACUGGGUCGGCAUCUUUGCACCAUACCCUUGGACCCAAAUAUAGGGAAGAUGCUUCUGAUGGGUUCUAUUUUUCAAUGUCUCAAUCCUGCCUUGACGAUAGCUGCUGCUCUUGCAUAUCGUGACCCAUUUGUCUUGCCCAUAAACAGAAAAGAAGAAGCUGAUGAGGCAAAGCGAUCUUUUGCUGGUGAUUCUUGCAGCGAUCACAUAGGCCUUCUGAAAGCAUUUGAAGAAUGGAAGGAUGCAAAACGUAAAGGACAGGACAGGCAAUUUUGUUGGGAUAAUUUUCUAUCUUCAGUAACCUUGCAGAUGAUUGAUGAUAUGAGAAUGCAGUUUCUCAGUUUAUUAUCAGACAUUGGAUUUGUUGACAAAUCCCGGGGUGCUAAUGCUUACAACCAAUACAGCCAUGAUCUGGAGAUGGUUUGCGCAAUUCUUUGUGCAGGGCUCUACCCAAAUGUUGUGCAGUGCAAAAGAAGAGGAAAACGGACAGCUUUCUACACUAAAGAAGUUGGGAAAGUUGAUAUUCAUCCUGCAUCUGUCAAUGCAGGGAUUCAUCUCUUCCCUCUGCCCUAUAUGGUGUAUAGUGAAAAGGUUAAAACGACCAGCAUUUAUAUUAGGGACUCAACAAACAUAUCAGAUUAUGCUCUGCUUCUGUUUGGUGGUAAUCUUACGCCGAGUAAAACUGGGGAGGGCAUUGAGAUGCUAGGAGGUUACCUUCAUUUCUCUGCUUCUAAGAGUGUCAUUGAGCUAAUAAGGAAAUUGCGCGGGGAGCUUGACAAACUAUUAAACAGGAAGAUUGAAGAACCAGGAUUCGACAUUUCUGCUGAAGGAAAGGGGGUGGUCGCUGCUGCUGUUGAACUACUGCAUAGUCAGAAUGUAAGAUGAUCUAUUUUCUAGGACUGACGGCAUCCAGUUUGAAUCCUUCAAUUCAGGGAAAAUUUAUUGCGGGUGCCAUAUUGUUCGCGCGACUGUGGGAUUGCGUCUGUGUGGAGGCUUCGCGUCGCCUCCCUCUGUAAGGAAGCAAUCCCAUAUGGGGCUCCCAAGAGAGUGGCUCCCGUUCAUGCUCUUCCCAGAUAUUAUUUAGGACGAUAGAAAUAUAGACAGUCUUGGUAGCAAUGUCGUCUCCUCUAGAGUCCCUGUGCUCGAUUUGUCCUCAAUGGAUUAUACGUGUGUUGUAAUUGACCAAUAGUAAUCAUAGCAAUCAUUUUAAGCUUGACUGAUUUGCGGAAUGAGAAGGUAUGUAAUGAAAAGUAAAUACAUCAAAUUGAUUAUAAAAUUAAAAAAAAAAUAAGUUUUGUAUUCUGUAA